AUGGCGGGCCAGGGCUUCGCGGCCGACGACCGCCCGGACUUCCCCAAGAUCCUCGAGUUCUUCACGGACCCGCGCACGGAAGACCUCCAGGCGCGGCAGCACGCUUUACUGAAACGCGUCGUCCAGAAGUGCCAGCGUGGUUUUAGGUUAAGGGAGCUCCCGGUCGUCGCGGAGUUGUUGGAUAUCGUGCCCAAGCGUAUUGAAGGAUUAAUUGAAAAAGACGCGGAAGAAAGCGAAGAACUCGAGAGGACGCUCUGCAACAUUAUAAGGAUCACCGCGAGACCGAACCUAAGGCAAAAGGCCAACGAGGAAUUAUUAGCACCGGGUCUCAAGGCCGCGGCCCAGAUCUUGGAGCAGUUACUCCGCCUACAAUCAUCGACAUCGGUAAGGGUGGCCGUCGAAGCUACAAGAGCAUUGACCGCCAUCGCGACCCCCGAAGAUACCUCUGCCGCGGGCAAGGCCCAGAAAAAACUAAACAGAAAGCUCCUGCUCGAAGCCAACGCCGUCCAGGCGACGUGCGCGAAAGUAGAGGAGAAUGCGAACAUUAUCCUAGCUAUUGACGACGACGGCACGGAGCGGAAGGUCUUCGACGCGCGUGCGACCGUCGACUUUAUUGAUGCGGACACGUCGGAUGAUGAAGAUGUCACCAUGUCGCGGUCCUCCUCCAGAGGUGGUCGAAGAAGGAAGCCGCGGUCCGCCAAGACCGACGCCUUAUUCAGCGACGUUUUGUCCUACUCGACGCACAAGCGCACGCUCGAGUAUGCGCAGUCGCAAGUCCUUAGAAGCUUGGUACAUUUGCUGAGGGAACUAUCUACAGAUGCGCAGUCUUCGUUCGACCUGGUGGAAUGUGGCGGUGCUCGAGCGUGUGUGAAACUACUGCGGUGCUACCUCCACGAUCCUGCCGCGUCGGAUGUCGUCCAUGCGACGGUAGAAAUUCUCUGGAACGUCCUCGAGCACUGCCACGACGUCACCGACGUCGCCGGGCCGCCUGCGGCCUCUCGCACCAAGCUCCUAUCAAGGAGGCGCUUCACCUCAGCUAUGUACCAGCUGUCGGAUGAUGCGACCAUCGCGGUCCUGAGACAGAUCCUGCAGCACCUGUUCCUGACGGGCCACAAGGCCGACGACAAAAGACUAAGGAACGAGGUCCUCAUCGUCUGCUCGUUGAUCGCGUCGCAUCGAAAAUCGCACGCCGCCUUCCGACGGCAGCGGUUGAUCCACUUGCUGCUCGAUUAUGCUUGUGCGGCCGAAUUGCCCGAGGACGCGAUCGAAGUGCGGACGCAGGCCACACAAAGCCGCGACCCGCGGUCCACGGAGCCGCCGUUGGCGGAUCGGCACACCUUCGCCACGUCGUCGAAUGAAGACUUGGAGACGAAGCGAAUUUUGUGGUCCAUGUUGAGUGAUCUGGGCCGGGCCGAGGAGGAAAAUCUCAAAUUAGUUGUAGAAGCGGACUUCAUGGGCGCCUUGCUCAUGUAUCUAGAUGUGGAAGCCUUAGAUGCGGCCGACGAGCCCGAGGAAUGGGACGACGACGAGACGGCCGUGUCGCGACACGGUCUCGGUGAACGGGCGGCGGAUCCCGGGCAUCCUGAAGAACCUGGAGCUGACGAAGCUGCAUGUCUUACAGCAGCAGGCCAUGGCCGUGUUGUUGAAUUUGGCGCCGCGGCGCCGGCGGCAUUCCAGAAGCUCCAGGGCCACAUUUUGGCACUACGGUUCCUGGACGCGUGCGAUGAAGGUAACGACGAAGCCACCCAGAACACCAAUGCCACAAGACCGUCGGCGAGAAGUGCCGAUGGGUUGGUGAGGGGUGCGUUGAUGCUCCUGAUCAGUGUGGUGGGCUUACCGGGCCUCCAGAACGAGCUCGGCAACUUAGAUGGGGUCGAGAUCAUGCUCAAGCGCUUCGCCGAUUCAAGGGCGGGCGCGAACAUGCGGAACGACGCCGUCAUGAUCCUGGCGAAGCUCUGCGAGAACCACGAGGACAACCAAGCUCGGUUACGGCGGGCGCACGGCGUUUCAUUGUUGAUCCAGGAGAUCGACGCGUACGUCAAACGGCGCGUGCCGGUCACUAGAUCGCGCCACAAGAAUUUGAGCGAGGCGGCGCGCGACGCCAUGCCGUCGUCGUCCUCCGCUGAAAAAGUUGAUCCAUUGAUUGUCGGUGUCCUGGACUGCCUCUGGCACGGCGUCGUGGGCAACAGGCGGUCGGAAGCUCGCUUGCCGCCGGUUGAUGGUUUGGAUGCGCUUCUAGCUUUAUUAGAAGUAGGACCGAGGCUCAUGCGGCUGCAGGUUUGUGGUGUUUUAGCUGAUUUGGCGAGAAACCCCAAGCUCAUCUCGUACAUCCGGGGCUGGCGGUCGGACAAGACCAUGCGGUCGACGUGUCAAUUGUUAGCACAUGCCUGGGAGGACGAGGAGAUCCGGCUGGGCUGCGAUAGAGAUCGGGGCGUUUUGAGCGACACGGCGCAGCCUCUAAGGAAGAAAAAACCUUCCCAAAAGGAGGAGAAGAUUAUUACGACGAUCGCUGGAGACAGCUCGGAUUCCGACGAAGAAUUAACAGUGGUACAGGCGCCGCCCGCUGAUGCUCAAACGACCAUGAAGUUCAUGCAGCGUUCGGCCGGCGGCGCUGCAGACGCCGCAGGCCGCGCGCGCCGAGCGGGCUUUGCGGCAGGCCGUCGCCACGCAUGAUUUGCGGAGCAAGGUCGCGCCGAUCUACGCCGCUUUGCUCGCGUCCGGCGACGCCCGGUGAUAGUGACGCCCGCCCGACGACAAAGCUACUUUAAGGAUGGUGGGCCACUACGCGCGCUUUAUCGACGGCGAGGCUUGGGUGAUGUGCAGCACCAGCUCGCGACGGCCGGUGUGAAGCCCGUGGCGGCGGACCGCACGUUGUUGGAUUUCAACAUCGGCGCGAGCGUCUCGUUGGCCGAAAAAACCAAAGCCGACCAAGAAGUUUUGGCAGGAGAGCGCAAGGCCGAGGAGAAGGCGGGAGAGGAGUCCUUCUUCGGCUCGAUCCUCAACCAGCGCGACCAGGAGAUCAAGCAGCUCAUCAUCAAGCGGGACGCGCUCCGGCCCAAGCGGAAGUUGCUUGAACGGCAGGCGGCGCAAGAGGCCGCUGCCUUGGAGGAGGGGAUGAAUAAACGCCACCUUACAAACGCCGCGUCGCUUCACCCGUACGCGCCCGUCGUCGCGUAG